CAUUCAUUCAUUCAGACAUUAAAUCAAACAGUCUCACCGCAUCCCUCCAUUUCCCCAAUCCCGAUCCCCAAUCUCCACCAUGGGCGCCACCGCCAACGGCACCUCAGCUCAGCCCUUCAAGUUCCUCAUCUACGGCCGCACCGGCUGGAUCGGCGGCCUCCUCGGCAAGCUCUGCGAGGCCCAGAGCAUCGCCUACGUCUACGGCUCCGCCCGCCUCCAGAACCGCGCCGACGUCGAGGCCGACAUCGCCGCCGUCAGCCCCACCCACGUCUUCAACGCUGCCGGCGUCACCGGCCGCCCCAACGUCGACUGGUGCGAGUCCCACAAGGUCGAGACCAUCCGCACCAAUGUCGUCGGCACCCUCACCCUCGCCGACGUCUGCCGGGAGAAGGGCCUCGUCCUCAUCAACUACGCCACCGGAUGCAUCUUCGAGUACGACGCCGCGCACCCCCUCGGCUCCGGCAUCGGCUUCAAGGAGGAGGACACUCCCAAUUUUAUCGGAUCUUUCUAUUCCAAGACCAAAGCAAUGGUUGAGGAUUUAUUGAACAACUAUGAGAAUGUCUGCACCCUGCGAGUCAGGAUGCCCAUCUCUUCUGAUCUUUCUAACCCUCGUAACUUCAUUACAAAGAUUACUCGAUAUGAGAAGGUUGUGAAUAUACCAAACUCCAUGACAAUCUUAGAUGAACUUCUCCCAAUAUCCAUUGAGAUGGCAAAGAGGAAUCUCACCGGAAUCUACAACUUCACUAAUCCCGGAGUUGUGAGUCACAAUGAGAUUUUGGAGAUGUAUCGGGAAUAUAUAGACCCUAGCUUCACUUAUAAGAACUUCACUCUUGAGGAGCAGGCUAAGGUGAUUGUGGCUCCGAGGAGUAAUAAUGAGCUUGAUGCCUCAAAACUGAAGAAGGAAUUUCCGGAGCUCUUGUCCAUCAAGGAGUCCCUCAUCCAGAAUGUAUUCAAGCCAAACCGAAAGACUCCUGUAGCUUGAAGAACAGAGAUCCUAAUGUUUGCCAUGGGAUGGCAUCAAUUUCUUUUUCUUUACUUUCUCUUUUUUUGUCUUUCUUGAUCUGUGCUUGAAUACAUUUCCUCUUAUAUUCUGUGCUUGAAUGCAUUCCCUCUGUUAUUCCUGUUACCAUAUUACAUGUAAGAGCUUGUCGUUUAUUUGUUGAUUCCGUGUUGUAUUAAAUUGCUACAUUUAAUAAAUUAGAUGAAAUUUUAAAUUA